AUGGCUGAGCGUCAAGAGACGGGUUCAUCUGAUGGGACACCUGCUGCUGACGCGUACCCCAGAAAGAUACUGGAGUACAUGGAAGGAUUUCUCAUCUCCAAGACGGUUUUCUCCUCCUGUGAGCUGGGUGUGUUUGAUGUGUUGCUGGCCUCAGAGCGCCCCCUGUCUGCAGAGGAGAUCAGUCAGGCGAUCGGAGCCAGUCUGGAUGGCACACAGAGACUGCUGGCUGCCUGCACCGGCCUGCAGCUCCUCAACACACACCAGGAAAAUGGAGAAGUGUUUUACAGUAACACAGAGCAGGCCAGUCUCUACCUGACCCGCUCCAGUCCUGUGUCCCUUUACCAGUCCAUCCAGUACAGCUCCAGAACCAUCUACCUCUGCUGGCACUACCUGACCGACGCUGUCAGGGAGGGAAGAAACCAGUAUGAAAAGGCUUUUGGAGUCAGCUCGAACGACCUGUUUCAAGCUCUCUACAGGUCUGAUGAGGAGAUGGUGAAGUUUAUGCAGCUGAUGAACUCUAUUUGGAACAUCUGCGGUAAAGACGUGGUCACAGCCUUUGACCUUUCGCCUUUCAACAUCAUCUGCGACCUUGGAGGCUGCAGUGGAGCAUUGGCCAAGCAGUGCACGUCAGCCUACCCAGAAUGCACCGUGACGAUCUUUGACCUCCCCAAGGUGGUGCACACGUCGAGGGAACACUUUGUCACCGGGGCCGACCAGAGGAUAAGCUUCCGCGAAGGGGACUUCUUUAAUGACCCCCUGCCAGAGGCUGACCUCUACAUCCUCGCCAGAAUCCUCCACGACUGGACAGACGAACGCUGCAUAGAGCUACUCAGCAGAGUCUACAAAGCCUGCAAAACAGGAGGCGCUGUGUUGCUGGUGGAGGCGUUGCUCCAUGAGGACGGCUCUGGCCCGGUGACAGUGCAGCUCUACUCCCUGAACAUGCUUGUGCAGACGGAGGGCAGAGAGAGGACAGCUGCUCAGUACGCUGCCCUGCUGGCUGCCGCCGGCUUCACCGGCAUCGAGCACCGCCUCACGGGGAAGAUCUACGACGCAGUGCUGGGACUCAAAGAGACAUGA